GGACUGCUCCGGGGCCUGUGGCCGCUGCUGCACUUGGUCCUGUGGACGCGCUUCGCCAGCACGAUCCCGCAGCACGUCCAGAAGACGGUUAACGAGGACCCGAUGGUCGUGGACGAAAAUGGUGCAAUCAAGUUGCGACAACUGUGUAAAUUUUGCGAUGUGAGGUUUUCUACCUGUGACAACCAAAAAUCCUGCCUGAGCAACUGCAGCAUCACGGCUAUCUGUGAGCAAUCCUACGAAGUCUGUGUGGCUGUCUGGAGAAAAAAUGAUGAGAACAUAACGCUAGAGACCAUGUGCCAUGACCCUGAGCUCCCGUACCAGGGCGUUAUUUCUCUGGAGGACUUUAGGUCGACAAAGUGCAUUAUGAAGGAGAAGAAAAUGUCUGGGGAGACCUUCUUCAUAUGCUCCUGCAGUGCUGAUGAGUGCAAUGACCAAGUCUUCUUCUCUGAAGAGUAUAACACCAACAGCCAAGAUUUGUUUUUGGUCAUUGCCCAAGUGACCGGCGUCAGCCUCUUGCCGCCGCUGGUCAUCGCCAUCGCGGUGAUUGUCACCUUCUACUGCUACCGUGUCCACCGGCAGCAGAAGCUGAGCUCGUCCUGCGGCACCACCAAACCGCGGAAGCUCAUGGAGUUCAGCGAGCAUUACGCCAUCAUUCUGGAAGACGACCGCUCGGACAUCAGCUCCACCUGCGCUAACAACAUCAACCACAACACAGAGCUGCUGCCCAUUGAGUUGGACACGCUGGUUGGGAAGGGCCGCUUCGCCGAGGUCUACAAGGCCAAGCUGAAGCAGAACACGUCCGAGCAGUUCGAGACCGUGGCCGUCAAGAUCUUCCCCUACGAAGAGUUCGCUUCCUGGAAGACGGAAAAGGACAUCUUCUCGGACAUCAACCUGAAGCACGAGAACAUUCUGCAGUUCCUGACAGCCGAGGAACGCAAGACCGAGCUGGGGAAGCAGUACUGGCUGAUUACCGCCUUCCACGCCAAGGGCAACCUACAGGAGUAUCUGACUCGGCACGUCAUCAGUUGGGAGGACCUCCGCCAGCUGGGCAGCUCCCUCGCGCGGGGCAUUGCCCACCUGCACAGUGAUCACACUCCUUGCGGGAGGCCCAAGAUGCCCAUUGUUCACCGGGACCUCAAGAGCUCCAAUAUCCUCGUGAAGAAUGACCUGACCUGCUGUCUCUGUGACUUUGGACUUUCCUUGCGUCUGGACCCGACUCUCUCUGUGGACGACCUGGCCAACAGUGGACAGGUCGGAACCGCACGAUACAUGGCCCCAGAAGUCCUGGAGUCCAGGAUGAAUCUGGAGAACGUUGAGUCCUUCAAGCAGACAGAUGUCUACUCCAUGGCGCUUGUCCUCUGGGAGAUGACAUCGCGCUGUAAUGCAGUGGGAGAAGUGAAAGAUUACGAGCCCCCCUUUGGCUCCAAGGUGCGGGAACACCCCUGUGUGGAGAGCAUGAAGGACAAUGUGUUACGAGACCGAGGGCGACCAGAAAUCCCCAGCUCCUGGCUCAGCCACCAGGGCAUCCAGAUGGUGUGCGAAACGCUGACCGAGUGCUGGGACCAUGACCCCGAGGCCCGUCUCACCGCCCAGUGCGUGGCAGAGCGCUUCAGUGAGCUGGAGCAGCUGGACAGGCUCUCGGGGAGGAGCUGCUCCGAGGAGAAGAUUCCCGAAGACGGCUCACUGAACACUACCAAGUAGUUCUCUUCGGGGCAGGCUGGACCAAGUCCGGAGAGGCCACACCGCCUUGCACCAAAGAACAGAGGCAGCAAGAAGCUGCCCCUGGAAUGAUGCCUCCUGGGAAACCCAGGGGUCACCCAGAGCUGCGAGCAUGUGUAGAAACGACCGCAGCAGGAAGUGGGUGACCUAAAACGUUCUAUGCCUUUGACAUUGUCAUAAGCUGUGUUAGCACUGCCUCAGGAAGUGAGAUUGGUUUUUACAUUAGCUAAUAACAUUUGCACUUUAUUAAUGCCUGUAUAUAAAUAUGGAAUAGCUAUGUUCUAUACCGAUAUAUAUAUGUUUAUAUCUAUAUAUACAGCCAUACUCUGAAAGGAGACAAAGGAUAAAAAGAUGAACUAUGCCCAGGAAAUUGGUUUCAUUGGGGAACUCUGAAACCGAGCGGAGAGGAGGCAGUUCAUGAGAGCAUUAGCACUUGACAAUCACCGAUGCAAUGGGUGGUCCCCUGGUGAUGCGAGCAGGGGCCUGUACCACACCAAGGAGAGUGGCUCCUUGACUCAGAGUCAAUGAUUGCUAUCUUGCACUUGCUUUUGCAAAGUCAUAAUCCCCUGAACGUAGGUUCCUUUCUGGCCAUCCCCUAGAGGGAGAGACGGAUGCAGUCAGCAGUACAGUUCUUGGGGCUCCUGUGUGGGGUGGUUGCACUUGAACUUCACAGCUGGGGUGUAGCCAGAGUAGCUCAGCAACUCUGCCACAUCUCUUAAAAGAGUUGAAAACGUUUCGAGGCCCACAUUUUGCCUCCACCAGCCAUAGACAACUCAGGAUACAAGUUUCCCCAGGUCACAGAAUUAGAAAGCUGUCUUCUAUGUACCAUCCUGUCUACUAAUAAGAAAUGGUCCUUUUUCCCAUUUGCCUCAGUCCCUAAAGUACAUCACAUUUAAGGCUUCAGCAUGCCUGCGGUUCACACCUAGCUUUCUGUGUGAACAGUCGUGGGUGCCCUCUUUCCUGGGCACUCAUUAGAGGGUAACAGCGUGACACCGUACUGCCACAUGGAGGACUGUUUCUCUCUGAACAUAUGUUUUGUUUGGCCCAUAUAACACUUAAAAAAAAUUGAGCCAUUAUCCAGUACUUACAUAUUUGGAGGAUUUACUUAAAAGGAAUCCUGGGUGAGGAAGGCGGGCAGGUGGUUUCCAGUUCUUCCCAUCUCUGUCUUUCACAAAGUGAGGGUAUGUGCACACGUUAACCAAACAGCCUCCCUGCUUGCUUGUAAGCAUCUGCCACUGACGCCCCAGUUUGGGAAUGAACCUGACCUUAACUGAGGUUCCUUCUAAGAACUGUGCAUAAGAUGAUAUUGAUGGCCCCCCUCGGACCUGACCUGAGUGUAAGACUUGAAGUUUACCUUUUGGUAGACUAAAGGGGACCCCCCUUGAUGUGGUCCUCUGUGAAAGGAGACCCCAACCCUCUCUGUUUUUAUGUUCAGGCUUGUUUAGUUGCUCUUUACCCCAAGCAGUUUUGUGGGGGUUUCCAGACUCCCCACGACUCCGCCCCGCCCAGCCCUUGCAGAAUCUGCUCUCCAGGCCUGGGCUGUGGGAGACAAGAGCCCCAGUUGUAGUUAGGGCAUUGUCCGCAUGGACAAGAAUGAGCUUUAAUACUCCAUAGGAAACUUGUUAUGCUACAAAAGAGUGUUACUGUUGCCAAUACUAGUCUCUUUUUAAAAAAGGUUUUUGAAGCUACGUAUUUUCAGCCAAAUAGGAAUAGGAGCAAGGGACCAGCAGAGUAAAUCAGUACAAGGAUUUGGGUUUGAGGAAGGGUCUCCUCUCAUUGAGGCUUUCGGGGACCUCCCGGAAUUUGGCACGAGAGGUGACUUCUAGGCACCUUGUUCAGUGGGGGUGCGCUGAGAAAGGUCAAGGCAGUUUGACUGCAACAUCAUGGAAUAGCAGAAAAAUCCACAUGCACCUUAGGGCCUGCUGAGGCUGUCUCAGUAGCUGUUGCUCAGUGACCUCUAGUGGUGGAUUUCUAGAAUACUGGUCCUUUGAUGGGCUUUUCCAAGAUCCGAAAGAGCUUUAUCACGUCUGUGUCAUUGUCAGCAUAAACUGGAAUGUUGUAUCAGAUGAUACUGUGGCCUGUUUUGUUUAUAUACAUUUUCUUUAUUCAAGGUAAAAGACCAAGGAAGAACAUUCUGUAGUUCCUAAAAAUACUGAUUUUUUAAAAAAAAACUACUACAUAUAAAGGGAACGUUCUAUUCUUUUAGGAAACACAUCGUGUAUUAAAAUAGGAAUGUGAAUGCUAUAUACUUUUUAUAUCAAAUGUCUCAAGCACAUAUUUUCAUGCUAUGCAGUUUGUCUUUUAUAUAUAAAGAAGUGUUUAUUAGAUCAAAUAAAGCAAAAAUACUCAGGUCA